UCUCUCCGCGCUCUUUGCCUCACCAACCCGCACCUAACACUCCACACGCCAUCGAAGACUCUCCUUCUCCAACAAGCACCGAAGGGCGUCCCGGUCCUCUGCGGUGGUGGAUCAGGACACGAACCCUUCGCAGCUGGAUAUGUCGCCCCGAACCUCCUAGCAGGAGCAGUAAGCGGGGAAGUGUUCGCCUCCCCCUCCGCGCGUCAGGUACUCGACGCCAUCCGCCUCCUUUCCGUCCAAUGUCCCGGCAAAGGCGUUCUGGUGCUACACAACAACUACACUGGUGACUGCCUGCAUUUCGGCAUUGCAGCCGAGCAAGCGCGCGCUGCGGGUCUGCAAGUAGAGACAGUAGUGGAAAGCGACGACGUGUCCGUCCCCCGUUCCCGGUCGCAGAAAGUCGGGCGGCGAGGGCUAGCAGGCAUCAUUCUUACCAGCAAGAUCCUCGGUGCUGCUUCCUCUGCCGGUCUCUCGCUCUCCGAGUUGAAGCUGUUAGGGGAUCUGGUGAACGCUAGCACGGGGACGAUCGGCACUGGAUUGGAUCACUGUCAUCUUCCGCACACGCCUGCGUCUGCCUGGGAACCGCUGGAAGGGGACGACCUAGAGGUAGGGAUGGGGAUGCACAACGAGCCUGGUGUACGUCUCAUUCGGGGUGGGAUAGGAGCGCAAGAAUUAGCAAAGGAGAUGCUGGCACUCCUCUUGGGGGAGGACGAGGAACGCGGGUUCUUGCGCUGGGAAGAGGGGGAUAAGCGGUUGCAGGGAGGGGAGGGACCCGUAUUGUUGGUUAACAACCUAGGGGGGAUAAGCAACCUCGAGCUCUCCGCUUUCGCACACGAAGUCCUCAUUCAGCUGGAGAAAGACUACAGCCUUCGCCCAGGGAGGGUAUACGUCGGCGCCUUCCUCACAAGUCUCAACUCGCCAGGAUUAAGUCUCACACUCCUCAACAGCGCGGAGGUGCAGCGCGCGCUCCCUCAGGAGCUGAAGGGCAAGGUCAACGUCUUAGAAUUGUUGGAUGCGGAGGUAGACUGCCCGGCCUGG